CGGAGUUGGAACGACUGGAAGUUCGAAAUAAGUUAACGUCUUCUGCAAAAUCAGACAUCUUUCCGCCGAUGAAGGUUCGCAUUUACUUCCCAAUUCAACAUCGUUAUAAAAGAACAUGUAAGGAAUGGCAGGGAACAUAUCAACAUUCAACGCUCAAUACCACGAUAGUGGCAAGCAUUUAUUAUGAGCAACAAGUAUUUCUUAGUAGCGCAGAGUGGGUGCGUGCAGCUUUGCACCAGGUGAGGGACCACUGAAAUGGCUACGCGCAUAAUCGACAAACUUCUAGACAAAAUGAAUCCAUGAUAUGAUAAAGAAUUGCCUCCUUUCUCCCGUGACUCUAACAAUCGCAACAUGUAGCAAGCUUGGUUCCAACCACUGGGCAUUUCUGUCAUACACCAAAGCCACCAGCUGUUCAGAUCAUCCAAUGUCCUUCCCUCAUUCUUUGUAUGUGACAGGCAGAGACUUCUCAUCAAAGUCAAAGAAACGGACCGAGACAUCGGUCGUGCGAACAAUAUUCUAGAAAUCAGAGUUUCUUUCAACUCAGAACGCAUCAAUCAAACAACCGUAUGCUUGGAUAAAAAGCUUAAGGGUCCCUCAAAGUGGAUCAAUUGAUUCUUUGUGCCAGCCGCAUUCCGAGAUAAAGACAAAUCAAGCCGAGCCGAGACCAUAACUCAGUGUGGAAUCGCGACUUUUUCACAACCGUGUUGACUGUCACAGACGUGAAGUACAAAAGAAGGAAAGGAGAUCGCACCGGAAAGGAAAAUUAUUUGAUAUCAAAAUCAAGUUUUCCCCUUUUAUUUGCUUACUGAACUGCCUCUUUGCAUGCGCCGCAAACACUAAACAAUCCCGCAGAAGCCCAUAAGAGUCGUGAUUGGCUCCCCCUGAAUUCCCCAGCCGCCAGCGAUACCCCUGGAUUGUCAGCCUCGAGGCGGUGGAAAUCCCCAAAGUCUAUUUCUCGUCCAUCAAGUUCGGACUGUCGCACUCACACCAACUCCACCACUCCUCUCCUCUCCUCUCCUCUCCUCUCGGCCGUGUCGCCUCGCCCUCGUCCUGAAGAGGGCCGUCAAUACCGGCAAACUGGCGAAAUUCAACAUCAUGAAGUGGUUCAAAAAGAAGAACAAGAAGGCGCGCUCGCAGGAGGAUUUGAGAGCUACUCGGUCCCUCCCGCAAAAUGCAACCCCGCCUGUGUCAAGAGAGACAUUGGCAAGACUCCCUGUCCCCAUACUGGAGCGCAUCUUCGCGUUCGUCUGCCCACACGCAAAGGACGAGACGUACGACAGCUGCGAGGACUCAGCCGCGGAGGAUACUUGCAUGCUAUGCGAUCUGCGCGACCUGUCGCAUUGCGCGCAAGUCUCGAGGAAGUGGAGGGCUGCAGCGGUCAAUGUUCUAUACCACAGUAUUCGAAUCGAUGCCGUUCACUACUGCGAACUCGAAGAUAUCCUGGCCGAGAAGAGGAAGCGUCGAUCUUUUAUGCGACACAAUGCCGAACCUGAAGACACUGCGGCAGCGAGGCUGAAGUUUUUGGCCAGGACCCUUCAUGACAAUAGAGGUGGAUUUGCGCUGAAUGUACAAUACCUCAAGACACCGUAUAUGACAAGAGAGACCUGCAAACCUGAUCUGGCGAGGACGGUCGCAUGCUGCCCGAAUCUACGAUAUGUCGACCUACCAGAAGGCGUUUUCCAAGAUGACCCCUCUUGCAAUACCCUGAAGCAAGAAGUACAAGGACGAUGUCCAGAGUUGAGGAAGAUGACAUACGUUCGAGGAGCGGAGAGGGGAUUGGAGAUGUUGGCGAGUGGACAUCAAUGGCAUAACCUGGAAGUACUGGAGCUUGGGAAGUUGAAUGUGGAUCCUACCAUUCUACGACAUGCAUUGGGUUCCCUUCCCAAUCUACAUGCUCUCAAGGUUACGGACAUGAUCUCGUUCCAUGAUCAGCUCUUCCAGCAUAGUGACUACCUCCCUCCAUUUCCUGCUCUGGCCGAAAUAAUAUUCGAGAAUAUACCCAACGUCACAGCUGAUGGCCUGGUUGCAUACCUUUCCCGCUCCGAUACCCAGAACACUCUCAAGACUCUGUCUUUGACGGCGACAGGGAUCCAUCCUCCAAAUCUGCACCGGAUUCUCGCAGUGGCUCCGAGGCUAGAGCAUUUAUCCAUUACCGAAUCAGUGACUGCUUCAUUCCCAGCUGGGGCUACUCCAAAUCUUCAAUCAAAAUCUCUGAAGACGUUUCACUACGAAAUUACUUCUGCUGAUUCUGCCAAUAUCUACGCCAAUACCACUGCAAGUCAUUACGCCUAUCUCACGAGAUCGUUGAUGUCCGGAGGACUUCCUUCUUUGAAGGAGCUCUAUGUUCGAGAUCCUGACUUCCCGGAAACUCUCCUUGACCUUGCGCCACCACUGCCCGGCUUUGCCCUUGAUCCCGAUAAUUUCGCUCCCCCAGUUGCCCCCAACCCUUUCGCUCCCCAUACUACAAAUCAGAACAGACUUAGCUCCAACAACCCUUUCGCCAAAAUGCAGACAGGACCAGGAUUGAGGCAAGAACUGCAAGUUUUCAGCAAAGGACUGGACGAGAUGGAAUGGAACUUCUCCAAAGUCCAACCACCAGCUCGUGGAAGACGAGGUAGCGCGACAGCUCCAAGACCAGUCAGCUCCUACGGCUUGAGCGACAGCAUGGGCAAGGGCUGGCAGUCUGCAAGCGGUGGUGCUCGAAAGAGUGUCAUCGUAGGCAAUGGAUUCGGUGGUUUCCUUGCCGUACCUUCAGAUGGUGGCAGACCGAGCAGUUCCGGAGGAGAGAGGCGACGCGGAAGCCAAUAUGAUAUGUGGCGUUGAUAUCCUGCUCCUCUCGGUGUUGGGAGGUUCAAGAUUUCGUUGAUUUCUAGGUCGCCGACUAUCCCAGGUGUCUGUGCAUGUUGAUUUGGGGAUAGUUGCGAGCAGGUGGAUAUUUCAUGCUUUACGAUUUUGUACGAGUAGGGAGGAUGGGUUCAUUUCAGGUCAGCUCAUGCCUGGAUUUCGCUUCAUCCGUCAUCUAUUCUUGCACCUUGUCUCAGACAAGAAGUUUCUCAUCCUCAUCUCUCAUCAUAUCGUCCUGAAGAAUGGCCCUGAACUAACAUUUCAUUUCUUCCCCUCCCGCUACUUACCCAAGAUCUAAGGUAAACUCCUUCCCAACUUAGGUACCUUUCCGCACCGCUUUGCACGUCAUCACACACAAAUUGAAUCCCAGUACUUCCUGUCUAUCAUUCAUCUCCCUCGUGGACGAAGCGCCGGACCAAAGGGUACGGCCCGUGCACAGAAAUCGCGAUGUGCAACAAUUGUUUGUGUUCCCUCUCCCCUCGCGUUUCCGAGGGCGAGAGCUUGUUUCUCCCUUCUCCGCCACGCGCGUCGGAUCGUAUCUUCCCUCAUCCGCGCAACCGCACCGCAACCGCAACCGCAACGCUUUUCACUUGGCGCCAUGGCCCCGCCUGGUUAGGAAGGUAGGUAGGCUUGCAAUCGGAGAAAUAUGAGAUAUGGCGGGCUAGGUAAGGAUUUACGAUACUAUUCGUUUGGUGGCGGAUUGAAUGGUGAUUGAUUUAAGUACUUGGUUGUCAUCAACUGUUGGGGUGAAGAAGGUGUGGAGAUGGAGGUGGUUUGUGGUUAUCGGAUUUGUGCUGGACCACCGGGACCUGACACAGAAUGGUCAGAUGUCGAGAUUUUUUGCUCAUACGGUUGCGAGCAAAGCAAGGAUGGGUUCUGAUUUUGAUGAGCUGCAAGGCCGUCGCAUCGAAUCGUCCGCUUUGGAAUGAUCUUGGAGAAUAUUAUUGCAUACCUGGCUGAUGUUGGGCUUUCUCGACAAAAGCAGCGCCAGAUUGAGGGUAUUGUAACGCUUUGUUGUGAGUCGUAUAUGUUUGGGAAGCCAUUACUUUGGUUUGAUAUUCUGAAAGUUCCUUCGUGGUGUAUUCAGUUCUGAUCCAGAAGUAUUGAUUCUCAGUUUGCUGUGUGUUUUCUUUCUGC